CUCUUAUCUUAAAAAUAUAAGUUUGAAUUCAUACUAUUAAUUUAUAUAUGUGCAGCUAGGGAAGUGUUAACUUUAAUUAGCAAUAUCUAAAGAGCUGAUUAAGGGUAUUCACGUACGGUGUUUAUGUAUAUAUAGGAAAAUAAGACCAAGAAUGACCCUCGGCAUCUUCUGGAAGAUAAUGCUACUGGCCUUGUUUGAGCCGGUUAUCGACCAAAACCUGUAUUACGCAGGGAUGAAGUACACAACUGCAUCAUUUGCAGCAGCAAUGUGCAAUCUUCUUCCUGCCAUCACCUUUUUGUUGGCUUGGACAUUCAGGCUUGAAGAGGUGAACAUCAGGCGGUUGCACAGCCAAAGCAAAAUCAUGGGUACAACGUUAACCAUAGGGGGUGCAAUGAUAAUGACACUUGUAAGAGGGCACAUUAUUGAAUUUCCAUGGACGCUCAAACACCAAAUCCAGCAAUCGGUUAGUGCAACAGCCCCACACCACGAUCAUCAUGUCAAAGGAGCAGCUAUGAUCGCCGCAGGAUGUUUUAGUUGGUCCUGCUUUUACAUUCUUCAGGCAAUCACGUUAAAAUCAUAUCCAGCUGGACUAUCGCUGACAACCCUCAUAUGCACAUUUGGGGCAUUGCAAAAUCUUGUUUUAGCUCUAGUGGUUGAGCGUGAUGAUCAUUCUAUAUGGUCUAUACGGUGGGACAUCAUAUUAGUGGCUUAUAUUUACAAUGGAAUUGUUCGAUCUGGAGUUGUUUAUUAUGUCUCGGGAGUAAUCAUGAAUGAAAUGGGACCAUUUUUUGUUACUGCAUUUAAUCCAGUAGGCAUGAUUAUGGUCGCCAUGAUUGGAUCCUUCAUCUUUCAAGAGCAAUUAGAUUAUGGAAAGGUUUUUGGAGCUCUGACUAUUAUUGUUGGACUAUAUUCAGUGAUAUGGGGAAAGAGUAAAGACGAUAAGGCUUCUUCACAAUCAGUAGAGGAUGAUGAUAUUUUAUCAACUGGUAAUAUAUCUACCAACAAUGAAGAUAUAACCCCGAGCAAGUCUUCAAAUGGAGAGAUAGAAGUUGGAGAUAUUGCCAAAGCACAUUUCGAUGAAGAUGUUGUCUAAUGUUUUAGACAAGUUUUUAAAAAUAAUUUAAGUGUAUAACUGUGCGCAUUUUCAAUUACAUUUUGAUUAUUUUUAGUGUAAAUGCCUAUGUUUUAAAAGCCAAACUAGGGAGCUAGCUGGCAAGGAUAAAUGAUCGGGUCACGUGACAAGUCAGGUUUGGAGAGUCAUCCCGACCAGACCAGCAUUAGAUCUGUCAAAAUCUAGAGUUCUAUUAUAUCCUAAAAGGUCAAUUCUGAUAGGGGAAGUAGUAGCCCAAAAUCUUAUAUAGUGUUUUAUUGUUUUUAUAGCUUUCCGGUUUGGGACAAAUACUCUAAUAACACGCCCCGUCAGCUUGAACCGGGCUGAACAAUAUCGGAAUGUAUAA